UCCGCUGUGCGCGUCUGACUGAGUUUGGUCCGUGUGGCUGCGAUGGGUGGCCCGGCUACACUAUCAGUGUUGAGUCUGUCCCUGCUGGCUCUUUGCUGGGCUUCAGCGCGUGGAGUGUCGGUAAAGAAUUUGCAGUAUCUGGACAAUGCAGGGGCACAGAAAGCUUUGGAGGAGAGAGCGAAAAGAACACAGGGAGAGGGAAGGACGCAGGAAUCCGCAACAGCCACUCUACAAGUGCGAGUCAUCCCUACAUACAGGAAGUUCUCACCUGGGCAAAAUGUAGGAGCAGUCUGUGAAGUCAUAGGCGACGCAGAGGAGUUGAACUGGUUCACCCCAAACGGAGAGAAGAUUCCACCGAACAAGGGUGCUACUGAUGAUGGAAAUACAAACCCGGCGGCAAACACUCAACAGAACCGAGUCUCCAGACUCCUCAUUCGCGGCGUCGAACCAGAACACACCGGAGUCUACAAGUGUGUGGCUAAAAAGGGCAAUGAGGAGUCGGUGGGCACAUUCGAACUGAAACUCGAGCAGACGAGAUUCCGACGAGCUCCAGAGAAGGAAAAAAGAGGCAAGAGGCAGAAGGAGCCGAAACCGACGAAAAAACCCAAAGGCCCGAAACCGACAAAGAAACCCAAAGGAGAGAAGGGCAAGAAAAAAAAGGAUAAAGGGAACAAGAAGCAGAAACAGAAGCUCACCACCACCACCAUCCCCCCCACUACUACUACCACGGAGUUACCCACAACCACUGAGCUGAUACUAUACGACGAGGAGUUCAUCGAUCCAGAGCCUGAUUCAUACUGGGAUGAAGUCUUCCCUGAGGAAAUUACCAUGGCACCCACGGAUCCUCCCGUAGAUUCUCCUGUGGAUCCCUCUGUGGAUGAAUACUCUCUCCCUUAUCCAGAGGAAGAAGAUGACUACUGGAAGCUGGAGGACCCAACUCCUGAAGCUCCAGUGACUGGUAGUCAUGGAAACGAGGAUGACAGUUACUGGGAUGCCACAUAUGAGGUGCCAGAAAACGUACCAUUCCCAGAUGGCAAGGAGGUCAGCUCCACUGAUCACGACUGGAAAUUUACAGUCACAGAGGAACCUACAGUCUCCCCCUAUGAAGGCACGUUCUACGAAGAGUACGAUUAUAAAUACGAAAAGACGAGAGAGGAAGAGUUCGAAAGAGCAAGAAAGGAGGAGGAGGAAGAGAGAGAGCGAGAACGAAGGAGGAAGGAGGAGGAAGAGGAAGAGGAGGAGAGGGCCCGCAGGAUUAAGAGGCCUCCCCCACGCGUCUACAAAGAUCCAAAAAUCUGUCCUCCUCUGGGAUUGGAGUCCCAUCAGGUGGAGACUGACCAGCUGUUGGCAUCAUCCAUAUCUCACCAUCGCUAUAGUGUUCAGAGAGUACGCCUCAACAUGCAGGCAUCUGGUAAUGAAGAUGAUAUGAAUGGUGGAGCAUGGUGUGCUAAUAGCGAUGAGAAGGUCCACUGGGUGGAACUGGACGCUCGCACACUCACAGAAUUCACUGGAGUCAUCACACAAGGCAGAGACGACCCCUUAGAGAGUGACUAUGUGACCUCAUACUACGUGGCCUUCAGUAACGACAGCCGAGAAUGGACUAUUCUUCACGACGGCUAUGCUGAGUGGCUGUUUUUCGGGAAUUCGGAUAAACAGACCCCUGUUGUGUCCCAGUUUGUGGAGCCGGUGGUGGCGCGCUACAUCCGGAUUCUCCCGCAGAGCUGGAACGGAAGUCUGUGCAUGCGCAUGGAGGUCAUGGGUUGUCCCAUGCCCGAUACCCACAGUGUGUAUCAGAGCCAGAAUGAAGUCACCCCUAGAGAUGACCUGGAUUAUACCUACCACAGUUACCAUGAUAUGGAAAAGCUGAUGAAAUCCAUCACAGAAGAGUGUCCAAACAUCACUAGGUUCUACAGUCUGGGAAAAAGCUCAAAAGGGUUGGAGAUGUACGCCAUGGAGAUCUCUGACAACCCUGGGAUGCACGAAACGGGUGAACCGGAAUUCCGUUAUACGGCUGGUCUCCAUGGUAACGAGGUUCUGGGUCGCGAGUUGCUCGUCAUGCUGAUGCAGUACCUGUGUAAGGAGUACAAAGACGGAAACCCCAGAGUGCGCCGCCUGGUGGAUGGGAUUCGCAUACACUUGGUACCAUCCCUUAACCCCGAUGGCCACCAGAAAGCCUUUGAGAGGGGCUCAGAGCUGGGUAGCUGGACGCUUGGUCACUGGACAGAGGAUGGUCAUGAUAUCUUCCAGAAUUUUCCGGACCUUAAUACUGUCUACUGGGAGGCUGAGGACAAGGGCCUGGUGCCCAAAGUGACACCUAAUCACCAUUUGCCCAUUCCAGAGGGUUUCCUGUCUGACAAUUACUCGGUUGCAGUGGAGACACGUGCUUUAAUUUCCUGGAUGGAAAGCCACCCAUUUGUCCUGGGUGCCAACUUCCAGGCUGGUGAGAGGCUGGUGACGUACCCCUUCGACAUGCGGCGCCUCACGAAGGAGUCUGAGGAGAUGGAGAAGAAACUGAACGCCCGCCUGAGCCGCCGCAAGCGACAGUACGAAGAGUCAGAGGACGAGGACCGAUACCGACACCAUGGGUACCAUCAAGAGACCUACGGCUAUCACCAGGAGACCGACGGCUACCACCAGUCAAACUAUGGCUAUGAGCAUGAGAGCUAUGGAUAUCACCAUCAGAGUCAGGGUUACCACCAAGAGAGCUAUCCAGAAGGGUACCAUGAAGGUUACCAAGAAGGUUACCAAGAAGGCUACCCUGAAGGUUAUAACGAAGGCUACGGUGGAGGUGGGUACGCCGAGAGUGAGAGCGAGAGCGAGAGCGAGAUCCGGAUGGUUGAAGACCAGUCGCUGUUCCGCUGGCUGGCCAUCUCCUAUGCCUCCACGCACCGUUCUAUGACGCAAAGAUUCCAGGGAGGCUGCCACAGUGAAGAUCCCACGGGAGGGCUGGGUAUCAUCAAUCGGGCAAAGUGGAAACCUAUUCCAGGAAGCAUGAACGACUUCAGCUAUCUACACACUAACUGUUUCGAGUUGUCCGUCUUCCUGGGUUGUGAUAAGUUCCCCCAUCAGAGUCAACUCUUGCGGGAAUGGGAGGACAACAGGGAAGCCCUGCUGACCUUUAUGGAACAGGUUCAACGCGGGAUACGUGGCGUGGUGAGAGAUCGCCAGGGCAACCCAAUUCCAAAUGCCACUGUAUCUGUGGAGGGGGUGAAUCAUGACGUCAAGACAUGGGAAUCUGGUGAUUACUGGCGCCUGCUAAAUCCCGGUGAAUACAGAGUGACGGUACGGGCAGAAGGUUACGCUCCCCUGACGAGGCUUUGCGUAGUAGGCUUUGAACCCGGCGCGACCCCGUGCAAUUUUGAACUCAACAAGUCCAACUGGGACCGCAUCAAACAGAUCAUGGCGCUCCAUGGCAACCGGCCCAUCCGGCUAGUGAACAACGGGGGUACCAGUCGGUAUGCCGGCAGGUAUCCCGUCAUGAAACGGCCUCCGGCAGUUAGCGAGGGCGGGAACGGGGACCUGGCGCGCCGCCGCCGCUUACGGCUAAUGAGGCUCCGUCGCCUACGACAGCAACGGUUACUCGCAGCCAUGUCAACCUUGCCCCCAACGACCACUACAACAACUACGACAACCACCACCACCACCACGACAACCAUGCCUCCCACGACAGAGAGUACCACGCCCUGGUACGACUCUUGGAUCCUGACGGAGAACUCCACCUACACAGAAAACGAGUACACAGGCUCAAUACUGGACUACGACUACAACUAUGAGGUUGACUAAGUGCGGAGGUGUGUCUUAAGUCAGAGUUUGAGUAGGACCGAUUUUCUCAUCUCAAAUUUUUUUUUUUUUUUUUAACUGCCAUACAGAGAGAUACGGUUUUAAAAUUUCAUCUGAGAAUAGACUAGCGCACUUUCUAGAACCAGUGCUUCUCAAGACCACUUCCAUAACCAAACCAAAACCCAAAACCCUGCAUGCUUAAGGCACCAAAGAAAGAAGCAUGAGGAGUUGAGCAUUUUUUUUUUUUUUACAGACGAGCCUUAAGCUCCACGUGCCAUUCAGAGAUUCGCUCAUCUGUUUUGUCCGGGAAGAGUCUCGUUUAGCGAAGGUUAUUCACGAUGAGGGCUGUACUGAAUUGUGACAGGGUAGGGAGGUUUCACUUGCUCUUGCUCUGAGGAGAAAAUGCAGACUUUAGCCUCUCUUUACCAAUAGCUUUAAUGCUUUUAGAGCUGUCCUGUCAAAGCUAACAUCACUGAUGCACUUGCACACAAGCGAUGUGACUCUUUCUAUGAUUACUUUUCAAUGUUUUUUUUGUUGUCGUUGUUGUUGUUGUGGGGUUGUUGUUUUUUUUUAACAAAUGCUCAUGUUUUCAUGAACAAACUGGACUUUUUGAAGGAUUCUGUACAAACAACAAACUAAAACCGUUUUUCUACUGAAAGAAAAAAAAUGAAAAGAGAGAGGUGUUUUUAUAUUAAAAAAAAGACUUUAUUUACAUUUCUUUGACCCAGAUAAAGCAACCAUUUAAACACACCAAGGUUGCACAGUUUGGGGAUUUUCCACAAAAAGAUCUCUGAGAUUGAUCUGAGGUAUAGAACAGUCAUUCUUCAGUUAAUAAAGGCU